AGACAUCAGACAGAAUAUCACUCUUCCUUGAGUAUACAACAAGCGCAGCAACAUUUCGCGACUACCCAUCUAGCCCCCUAGCUUCUCCAAAGAAUCGAUAUGGCCAUCCUACAAUCAACAAUCGCGCGACCCCUCUUGCUGGGCACUCGGACUAUGCAAUGGGUUAGCUCUGUGAUUGCCAUGGGUAUCUACGCCUAUUUCGUCCACAAGCAGCACCACGGUACUCACAUCAUCUUCAACUUGGUCAUCUCUGUCUUGUCUGUCGUCUUCUUCCUGCCAGCUUUCCUCUCGCCUUUCAAGUCGACUUUGUUGAGCAAGUGGGUUGCUUUGAUCGAUAUGAUCUUCUCUUACCUGUGGUUGACUGCAUUCAUCUUCUCGUCCCAAAGCUACAACUACGGCAACGUCUACUUCAAUGCUCCUUUCGGUGUCAAGGUAUCUGUCAAGCAUGCCGCUGAAGCGUUUACCUUCCUUGCCUUCUUCUUCACUGUCCUUGGCCUCCUCUUCGAGACCAUGACCCGCUGGGUGGACGCUGACCACGACCCUAUCGUCCGCGAGAAGCACCACGGCGACGCUCGUGCUCCUCUCGAUGCUCCUGCCAACACCACCGGCGCCGCCGCUGUCUAAGAGUGGACUCUUUGACCAAAACGCCAGGACGAGGCUGGCACAAGAUAUAUUCCUCGUCCGGCUCUUUUAAAUCUCGUUUGAUACGAUUGAUGAAUCGACAACAUAUCAUGAGAUACGAUGAAUGAUAUGAAAGGGGGAAUACCACUAUCGCAUGUACAUUCUAAUACCUAUACCGUCCUUUUUUUCACAUGCUGCUUAUACCUGUUGUUGGUUGUUGCUUGUUAGCGUGAGGGUCAUCAUGUCUUCUCUCAUCUCUCUGGGUCAUCCAGGUGGAAUAGGGUUGGGAUCCUGGCUUGGAUUGUUUUUUUGCUUAAUAAUACCUAAUUUUGUACUGUUAUAUAU